UCAGCCACCCAGCAGUGUUGACAAUAGGCUGCAAAAAGAAACAGCCCCGAGAAUCACAUAAACGAGCUUUAAGGAAUAAAACGCCUAAAUAUCUAAAUAUCCAGGGGGUUUAGGGACAAGACAAGCAGUUGGAUUAGUAACCAGGAAUGUAAUUGCGUUAAUCUAAUCGUUUUAUAUUAGCUGUUUUGUUAUUUAAUGGGAGUUUAGAGGAUUAUUCCAUCGUGGGUUUUGGCUGUUUUCAGGCCACAUUCUGCUGCUGGUUGUUCUGGAGGUAGCCUCACGGUUAGCCUCAGAUAGAUACCCACAAAACACACACUCCUCCAACCGCCGUCUCCGUUGCGACCCACAGAGGAUCAAGGUAAAGUAGUGCUGCUUGGAGAGCUAACAGGUCGGUGGUUCGGGACCAGGUCGGUGUCGGUGUCAGUUAGCAUCAGUUAGCAUCAGUUAGCUCCGCUGCCUCCUGCCUGUAUUUACCUCUGAUCUCUGGGAUGAUGGGUGAUCGCCCCAGUCCGCCCAGCAGGGCUAUGUCCUCGGCAGCCACCACGUCUCCAUCUGUGGACAAAGUGGACGGAUUUUCACGGAAGUCUGUCAGGAAGGCCAAGCAGAAGCGGUCGCAGAGCUCGUCCCAGUUCCGCUCUCAGGGCAAACCCAUAGAGCUCACGCCCUUGCCACUGCUCAAGGACGUGCCAGCGCCGGAGCAGCCGGAGCUGUUCCUGAAGAAGCUGCAGCAGUGCUGUACUGUCUUUGACUUCAUGGACACGCUGUCGGACCUCAAGAUGAAGGAGUACAAACGCUCCACGCUCAACGAGCUGGUGGACUACGUCACCGUCAGCCGGGGCUACCUGACGGAGCAGGCCUACCCCGAGGUCGUCAAAAUGGUGUCUCACAACAUAUUCCGGACCCUUCCGCCCAGCGACAGUAAUGAGUUUGACCCCGAGGAAGACGAGCCCACGCUCGAGGCCUCCUGGCCGCACUUACAGUUGGUAUACGAGUUCUUCAUCCGGUUCUUGGAGAGUCAGGAAUUCCAGCCCAGCAUUGCCAAAAAGUACAUAGACCAGAAGUUUGUCCUACAGCUCUUGGAGUUGUUUGACAGCGAGGAUCCUCGGGAGAGAGACUACCUGAAGACAGUCUUGCAUAGAAUCUACGGCAAAUUCCUGGGUCUGAGGGCUUUUAUACGAAAACAGAUCAAUAAUAUUUUUCUACGUUUUGUUUAUGAGACGGAGCACUUCAACGGGGUGGCUGAGUUGCUGGAGAUCCUGGGGAGUAUAAUCAAUGGUUUCGCUCUGCCACUGAAAGCGGAGCAUAAACAGUUUCUGGUCAAAGUGUUGAUCCCCCUCCACACCGUCAGGAGUCUGUCCCUCUUCCACGCACAGUUGGCGUAUUGCAUUGUACAGUUCCUAGAGAAAGACCCAACAUUAACAGAACCAGUCAUCAGAGGCUUACUGAAGUUCUGGCCAAAAACCUGCAGUCAAAAAGAGGUGAUGUUUCUAGGGGAGCUGGAGGAGAUCCUGGACGUCAUCGAACCAACACAGUUCGUCAAGAUCCAGGAGCCGCUCUUCAAACAGAUCUCCAGAUGUGUCUCCAGCCCACACUUCCAGGUCGCAGAGCGAGCUCUGUACUACUGGAACAACGAGUACAUCAUGAGUCUGAUCGAGGAGAACUCAAGCGUCAUCCUGCCCAUCAUGUUCGCCAGCCUCUACAGGAUCUCCAAAGAGCACUGGAACCCGGCCAUCGUCGCGCUGGUGUACAACGUACUGAAGGCCUUCAUGGAGAUGAACAGUACCUUAUUCGACGAUCUCACAGCCACUUACAAGUCGGACCGCCAGCGUGAGAAGAAGAAGGAGAAGGAGCGGGAGGAGCUCUGGAAGAAGCUGGAGGACUUGGAGCUGAAGCGGGGCCUUAGGAGCGACGGGAUCAUCCCAACUUAACGAAGACAGCGCCGCGCUCCCCUCUGCCCCCCCCCUUCCUCUCCCCCUGUGACUUCCCCUCCCCGACUCCCCCCUCCACCCCCCCACUCCCUCCACAUCAGCCAUGUCAGCCCAGAGCUCCGAGAAAUCCCCGAUACAGGCCAUCGUCUCUGGAUCGUCACGGAGCGCCCGCCGCUGGUUUUUCUUAAUUGUUUGUUUUUUUCUUAUGUUUCUUUUUUUUUUUUCCUCCUGUGUUUGUGCGACUUACUUUACAGUAGAUUCAUCACGUCUGUUUUCAUUCUUUCAACAGCACUGUAAAUAAUUAUUUUUUUCUUUUUUAUUUUUUUUCCCCUUAAACUGAUAUUAUUGCAAAACGGAAAAACAAAACAAUAAUAAUAAAAAAAAAGGAAGAAAAAAAUAGAAAAUGAGAAAAUGACUUGUGUGGGAGGGGGAAUUAAAUAUAUAAAAAACUAAAAAAAACUUUUGGACUGUAGGACGUGAGACGAACUCUUGGAAAACAAAAAACAAAAAAACAACAAAAAAAGAGAGGAUAGAUUUUAACUCUUCAUCCCGCUCUUCUUCUUCAGUACAGUCCCGUGUGUCAUUUUUAUUUUCCUGGUUCUCCUCUUUGCUUUUCCUCUCGUUGCCUCCAUCUUUCUGUUCCCUCCCUCCUCUCUAAUGGUGCGUCUGUCUUUUCUGCCCCCGUGUGGGACGUCCGGACUGAUUAUGGGUCCCCCCCCCCCACCCACCUGUCUGCAGGUUCUACUUCCUGUUUUAAACAGAGACAAAAUAACUGAACAAAAAACACAUUUAAAAACAACAACAGGGACUCAACCCAUCUCCUCUUUGAGUGCGUUUACAUGAGCGUUCAGGGGGAAAUUAAGCUUUGUGCUCAAUAUACUUAUUUCUGUUCUUCAAUUUAGUAUCUACCUUUUCACUCUCAAACUACUUAAUUCCCUCAAGAUUCAUUUCUUAGGAACUCAAAAUACCAGAAAAGAAUUGUCAUUUUUGUGUCAAAAGACAACAGAAGUGAAUUAUUAAAAAUAAUAAACUCCACCUCGCUCUCUGGCAUUAUUUAUUAUUAGCGUAGAGUUCAGUUUUAAAUCACAUGUUUUUGACUACAAGCUCGAGCAGAAGCUCAGUGACGUUGCAUUUCCUGUGGCUGCUUCACAAUAAAAGCCACCAUGUGUUUCACCAUUUUAACGUGAACUAGCAGCAGCAGGUUGAGUUUCAGCAGGUUGAGUUUCAGCAGCUCCGACGCAGCCGUAUGAAAGCGAUCAGUGAACGGAGGAAGCGCUAAAAUAAUCAACUGUUAAAGUUGAAGCACGAACAAUGAAAACUACUAUGUAGAGACGUAAUUUCAGUCUGCAAAAAUGCUCACUAUAAAUCAGAAUUGGGGUUUAAAUGAAAGACUUAAACCACUAUGUGUAGGGAGGUUUUUUCUCCCCUUUACUUUGGUGCCGUCUGGUGGUCGUAUCGACAGUGACACGGACAAAUUUGGCUCGGGACAACAAUAAAUACCAUAUUAACGUUAAGCAAUGAAUUUACUAAUUUAUGCAAUAAAUGACGAACAAAAUAAGUAUAUUGAUGCACAGAUCAUUAAUUUAAUGUCUUGUUUUAGGACACAAAUCUGACACCCGACUCCAUGACCUCGGAUUCUUUUAACUUUUAAAGACUAGUCGAGCGUCACAUCCUGUUUUGCCGGCUGAGCUCACAUCCUGAUUACUUCAAAUCCUGUUCACCAUCAUUUAUUUUUACUUUUAUGUGUAACUUCCUGGUGAUGUGGCCCUCUCCGUCACUCAGGGUUGUGAUCCAGCUUCGUAUGUUUGUCUCUCUGCUGCCACAGCGGAUCGUUGAUCCACACGUUGAUUUGGCAUCGGUUUCACGCCGGAUGUCCUUCCUGAUGUAACCUCAUGUAUUGGUGGUGGGAGGAAACCGGAGAACCCGGAGGCAUACUUGCCAACCCUCCCGAUUUUCCCGGGAGACUCCCGUCUUUCAUCGCCCUCUCCCGGUUUCCUCCCGGUGUCACAAUUCUCCCGUAUUUCUCCCGAUUUAUGGCAAUUUUUUACCCCCCUUUUUAUCUUAUCCAUCUAGUGUAUAAUCCCUACUACAACAGCUACACCAACUGUUGUUUCCCGGCGGAAGAGAGCAGUUUGAGCUCAUGUUCAAGCUGCGCUCGCCACAGCGCGCAGCGCCCAAAGUCGGGCUUCGCUCGAUGCUGCAAAAAAACGCUGCAACGCUAGCCGUUGGAAAUAAUAGGUUUCAGAGCGCCGUGGUGGCGUUGUCACGUUGUGUCUGAAAGGACUUUCAGUGAGAGAGAAAUAUUCAAGCAGGAGCAAAACUAAAUAAAAACAUGAAUAUUAGUUUCUACCAGAGAUUCAAACGCCAAGUUCACACCAGACGGGAGAAUUAUUCAGUUUUCUUUCCUGGAAGUUAAAGGUCAAAUCAAAGAUUUAACAUAAAAAUGCUUUUGCACUGCACUUAUUAUUUUAUUUUCAUUCUUUUAAAGUCACCAGAAUGCAGGAAACAAAGUCUCUGAGACUCUAUCCCCAGACCUUAUGGUCUCAAAGUUGGCGAGUAUGUCCGGAGGAAACCAACGCAAACACGUGGAGAACAUGCAAACUCCACAUAGAAAGGCCUCGCCCAGACCGGGGAUCGAACCUGUGACCUUCUUGCUGUGAAUCAAAUGCACUUAUUGAUCGUGAUCCGACUUCAUAUAAAAGAAAGAAAGCGCAUGUAAACGCACUCGAUUCACUUCCUCCUCCUCCUCCUUCUCCUUCUCCUCCUCCUCCUCCUCCUCCAAAAAGCGAUGGACUACUUCUCAUCCAGUUGAUUAUCUCUUCUCCUUCCCUCCAUCUUUUUUAUUUUCUAACCCUCUCUGACCCCUCCCUCCCUCCCUUCCUCCCUUUCUCCCUCCCUCCUUACCUGCCCCACCAGGUAUCCCAGGUAUCCCAGGUAUCAGUCUGGCACUGGUACCCUCCUCCGGCCAUAACGGGGACUUUACAGAUAAAAACAAACAAAAAAAAGUCUUCAGAGGAGCGCCAAAAAAUCUUCCUCCUGUUUGUGAAAAAGACGAGCGCCCCUGCCUCACCUCACCUCACCUCCCACUCCUCCUCCUCCUCCUCUUCCUCCUCCCCCCUCCGCCCACCGGGGGGGGGCGCCGCGUUGACUUCACAGUAUUACAACAACAACAAAAAAAGACAACCCUGUACAUUGUUAUUGAAUGCAGUACACUGAUAAUCUUGUAUCUUGUAGUAAUUUAGCCUAUGUUUUUUGCUUAGGAAACUGUGGAGAGGAGUAUCCAGUAUAUAAAGAGGUAUUAUGGAACAAGACUUCCUGGUAUUUAUGAUAGUGUUUCCCCCCUUUUAGUCUGUUUUUUCUUUUCUGUCUCCCACUUCCUCCCUCUUCUCUUGGUUUUUAUCUCAUUUUGGAUAUUUUGAUGAAGUUUCUUUUGACCAUUGGAUAUAUUUUUUUUAGUUGGGGAGGGAGGGAGGGAGGGAGGCGGGGGGGUGAGGGUGAGGGCAGGUAGGCAGGGAGUCAGAGGUCAGGGGAGGUCAGGGGCGGGGGGGGAGUAGAGGCUCGGAGCAGAGCGGUUUGGGAGUUGUGAUGGAUGAUUUGACGUUGAACCUCCCCCCCCCCUCCUCCCUCGCAGAAUUAAUGUGUGCUUUAGAACGGCCCGGAUAUAAUAUGAGUUAAAAACUGAAAGGAAAAAAAAAAAAAAGAUAAAAAAGGGUUGGAGAAAUACAAAUGUUUAAUUAUUUUAAAAAAUAAAGAGAUAUUAAAUUAAACCUGUUUUGUGAUAAA